AUAGAAUGUGUGCGACGAGGGUCCUUCUCGCUGCCAGUUCCGAGAUUUCCGCAUGCAGCCCCGCGUCGAAGUCGUGAGCAAGACGAACGUGUCCUUGACCGUGGCCGUGCUGCCUGCGGCCGCCAAGUUCCAGCUGGCGUACAGCGAGUAUGGCUACGUGUACUACUCGUGGACCGAGGUGGAGGCGACGGGGUCGCCCAUGACGAUCAAGGGCCUCCAGCCCAACACGUGCUACGUGUGCAAGGCGCGCCUCUUCAGCGACGAGACGAACCAAUGGCUCGAGUACGGGCCCAUCAGCCAGUACAUGCGCACGUUCACCGAGGAGGAAGAGACAAAGCGGUCGGGCACCUACUACGAACACGCGCUCAAGAUGGAACGGCAGCAUCGCACUGAGAUGCAGCAGCAGAUUCAGCGACUGCAAAAGAUGCUCAGCGACCCAUCGAGCCCCCGUGGCAACAAGAAGCGCCAGCCCUCGGCCCAAGAGAACCUCAUGGCGAGCCGUAUGGACAUGGACGUCAACAUUGCCAAGCUGCGGAACGAGCUCUUGGAGCAAGCAGCGACGAUGAAGUCGCUCGAGAAGCAGCGCAAGCUUGACGAAGAGGUCAUUACGGAGCUUUUGAACGAGCAAGAGAAGCUGCGCACGCUGCAGGAGACGGCGCAAUCGUCGGCGUCGGACCAAGCAGAGAUUGCGCGUCUGCAGUCGCUUUUGAGCGCGAACGAAGCCCAGCUGCACAACCACCAGAACCAAGCGAUUCACGGCCAGUCGCAGAUUGAGACGUACGAGCGGUCCCUCGAGCAGAAGCGCCAAGAGAUUGCGGUCAAGGAGAUGGAGGUCGAGCGGCUAUGGACGACUGCCAGCGCGUGAUGCAGGAAGCCGCAGACGUGGCCCACUGCAAGCAGCUCGAGCUAGAAGAAGGUCUCUUGGAAGCCAAAAAUGCGCUCGAGCGGCAAAUGGAUAACAAUGCGAUGCUCCACGAAGAAAUCAACCGUCUCCGGACCGAGAAUUCGCAGCUCAAGCAGUCGAUCGAGGAGUUUGACUCGAAGAUCGCGCCCAAGCUCGUACAGCUCGAAGAAGAGAACGAGUACCUCAAGCGCCGACUGCAGUAGACGACGUUCUUGCCUGCGUUGUCGAGUAACCUUAUUACCACUAAUAUACCGUCCACGCCGUCUUGUUCUGGAA